ACCAGAGCUUCAUGCUGUCAAGUUGAAUCACAGCAACAAGUGAUGAAGAAGUUUAUUUUAGGUCUAUAUUAACUUUUACCAGAGGACAAAUGUCUUGGAAUGGUUUGCAGUCAUCUUUUAUGCUAUGUUCUGCUGUUGUGGUUUUGUAACUGGAUAGCUAUAGGAGCACAAAACGAAACAUAAAAAGCGACACUUUUUUUCAGGGUUCGAAAGGCGGCUGCAUUGCUGUACCCACUUAAUUGGGAUAGAAUAGGUAAAGGUAAAGGGACCCCUGACCAUUAGGUCCAGUCAUGGCCGACUCUGGGGUUGCGGCGCUCAUCUCGCUUUACUGGCCAAGGGAGCCGGCGUACAGCUUCCAGGUCAUGUGGCCAGCAUGACGAAGCCGCUUCUGGCAAACCAGAGCAGCGCACGGAAACGCCGUUUACCUUCCCGCCGGAGCGGUACCUGUUUAUCUACUUGCACUUUGAUGUGCUUUUGAACUGCUAGGUUGACAGGAGCAGGGACCAAACAACGGGAACUCACCCCGUCGCGGGGAUUCGAACCGCUAACCUUCUGAUCGGCAAGUCCUAGGCUCUGUGCUUUAACUCACAGCACCACUGUCAGGUGCAAAAGAGAAGAGGGCUCCUUCAUCUUCGAUAGCUGCGUUGCGUAGAAAAGGAAAUUUCAGCAGCAGCAGCUUUCAAUCCCUCUGACGUCUUCUGCACAACUAUUGAAGGUUCAGGAGCCCUUUCCUCUUUGGCACCUGACUACCCUACUCGGGAGUAAGUUCUACUGAACCCUGUUGGAUUUACUAAAGAACACCGAGAGGGAGAGAGGCGCAAGAUGAUACAUGCCUUGGCAAAGCUCUGUUUUACCUGUUCUACCUGGAAUGACAGCUGGAAGUCAAGAGUGACCCUACAGAGCCAUCUGCUGAGGAAAACUGAUACUGCAACAAUAGCUUAAAAAUGCAAGGCCAAUGUUCUCUAGAACCCACCUCUUCCCUGGAAACAAGAUUUUCAUUCAUUCGUUUAAUUAUUUGUUUGCUUGUUCAUUUCUAGUGCUGAAGGGGAAUGGCAGACCCUUCACUGCCUGUGGUAAAGGUAAAGGCAAAGGGACCCCUGACCAUUAGGUCCAGUCGUGGCCGACUCUGGGGUUGCGGUGCUCAUCUCGCUUUAUUGGCCGAGGGAGCUGGCGUUGCGGGGAUUCGAACCGCCGACCUUCUGAUCAGCAAGUCCUAGGCUCUGUGGUUUAACCCACAGCGCCACCUACACUUACACCUUUUCUUUCUUUUUUUGGUGCUGAUACGGAAGGGGGGGGCAUGUCUUCUUCACCUUCUUCUUCGCUACAAUAUAUCCAUUUAUUUCCAAUUGUCAAUGUCAAAAGGAACUAAAAUCUAUAAAAUUCAUAGAAAAUCAACGUGCCAAUUUGCUCAAUUUCUCUAGGACUCCAUGACACCUCCCUGUCCUCCAUAAUCCCUCAAGCAAGGUGUCAAGACCCUAAUCCUGUCAAAUCACUCUGCCAAGCCUUUCCUCCGGGCAAUGCCAGGUGGCAGACUAUGCAUACAUGGACCAUUGUCUUCUCAUCACUGGUACUCAGGAUGUGCUUAUCUGCGCAUAUCUCCAGCUCUGCAUAUUCCCCCUCCCUCCUCCAUAUGUUAAUCCUGUGUAACCCAACCUCUUCUUAAUGUAUUCAUGAUGUAACUGGGAUGUAUUUUGCACUGUAUUCUGGGACAUGGAGGGAAGUUUCAAAAGUUCAUGUCACCCCUUUCUCGCUGUUCAAUCUCGCCUUGAACCUGUUGCGCAAUAAACUUGGAUCUUCUCCUGCUUGCUCCUGUCUCCGGCUGAGCUCAUUUUCCUCCGCAGGGACCCGCGGACUUAGCCUGACGAGCUGGGUGGCAGAGCAGCCUCGCACCCAGAUUUUACCGUAACAGUGCCCAGACACUUAUUCUCAUUUUGAAGCAAGCUUGUUUUUCUCCUGCUCUGGAAGGUAAGACCCAAACCAAUGGAUUCAAGUUACAAGAAAGGAGAUUCUGCCUAAACAUCAGGAAGAACUGUUAUCAGUGGAACAGACUCCCUCAGAAGGCAGUGGGCUCUCCUUCAUUGCAGGUGGUGGUGGUUUUUUGCCAGAGAUUGGAUGGCCAUCUGUCAUGGAUGCUGUAGUUGAGAUUCCUGCAUUGCAGAGGGUUGGAAUAGAUGACUCUCAGGGUCCCUUCCAACUCUACAACCCUUUGGGUUGCUAUAACACAACCCAAACAGUCUUACUAUAAAUUGGACUCUGGCAAGUUUGUUGGGGGGGAGGAAAUCCAUAACUUAUAGGGAGUUGUUGUCUGUGCUCAGGCCUACUGGGGCUUUGCAUUGAAGACUGCUUUCAGUUUUGGGUUUUAGUCUCGGAGCAUGUGUUCUUAUUAAUUCUUUGCAUCUAUAUGCCACCUUUCUGCCUAGGCACCAAAGGUGCUUUGCAAUUUUAAAGUGGUAAGGUGAAUGAAAUAAUAUGCUCUUCAGAGAAAGUAAAAAAAAAAAAAAAAGGUAAAGGACCCCUGGACAGUUAAGUCCAGUCAAAGGUGACUAUGGGGUUGUGGCGCUCAUCUUGUUUCAGGUUGAGGAAGCCGGCGUUUGUCCACAGACAGCUUUCUGGGUCAUGUGGCCUGCAUGACUAAACCCCUUCUGGUGCAACGGGACACUGUGGCGGAAGCCAGAGCACACGGAAACGCCAGUUACCUUCCCGCCGCAGCAGAACCUAUUUAUCUGGUGUGCUUUCAAACUGCUAGGUUGGCAGGAGCUGGGACAGAGCAAUGGGAGCUCACUCCAUCGCAGGGAUUCGAACCGCUGCCCAAGAGGCUCAGUGAUUUAGACCACAGCGCCACCCACGUAUGUAUGGAGUUAAUUUCACUCUAAAGUUAGCACAGUAAAGCCUCCAGGGUACACAUGCAAAUCAGAGGUUGGCUCAUUAGGGCAGGGUAUUGGUGGUUACAAAAACCACAGUAAGUAUACCUUCAUCAUGACCAGCAAAAAUGUCAAAAACCUGUGAGCAAGCUUUCUGAGCUGUCCAGAAUUCUUCAAACUAGAUGGUAAUGAAACAAGUGGGGUCACGGGAUAAAAAAGCUGGGAAUGAAAUCUGCAGCUUAUUAAAAUGAUCAAAUGCAAGAGGAGUUGUGCACAGGAAUAAGGUUAGCCUCUGCAAAGUGCUAAACAAAUUUCAGGUUGCGGCAUAGAUUGCUGAGUCGAAGGAACAGUAAUGGCUACCCCUCUCAUUCAAAAAAUCUAACAGUUACGGAGUGUGACUUCAAAAACGACCAGACCCAUAAUGUUUCCUCUCGCUCUAUUAUUAUUUCUGAGUGAAUGUGCAUAAGAUUGUGUUUAUCACACAGGCCCAGCAAGACUGGUCAACUUUGCUACGAGCUGAGGGUGUGCCUUACAACACUCUCCUGGAUCCAACACACAGCAAUUCUGCAGCAGGAAUGUUGAAGUAGAAAGGUGUUUUUUAUACAAAAAAUAUGUAUUAAAAGUUGGAAAACAUCUAGAAAUAGAAAGUUGGAAAACCACUGUGCUAUACUGACCUGUAAACAGAUAGCUGUGGGAUUCUAGUCUAGUCUGUUUCUGAACCCAGUUCCCAGUUAAGUUUUAAGCGAUCCUGAAUUUUAAGUACUGUAUUAACUUUUACUCACACUUGUAAUUCUUUUUAUUAUUUCCUCAUAUAAAAAUGGGAUGAAAAUAACAGAGACAGCAGUGCAAUCAUGUACAUGUCUACUCAGAAGUAAGCCUCGUUGAGUUCAAUGGUAUUCACCCUCAGGUAAGUGUGUAUACGGUAAUAUCAACUGCAAAUUUAUAUGAGUACAGUGUAGCUGAAAAUAAACUUGGCUUAACUAAAUUAAGACAGUUAAGGAAAGUACAUGACAGUUCUUUACAACAGUCUGUUUAUGAUCCCUAGAUUUAUGGCUUUGAUUUUAACAGCAUCCUCCCCACCCCCUCUGUCUCCCAUUCUGCAGUUAAACCUGUUUGCAUAUGGAAUGUUAAUUUUUAGCCUUUUCUCUUCCUAGUGUGUACUUUGUAGAGACACUUGUUCAGCCCCAGUUCACAUUACUCACUAUUUGUUUAAGUAGGUGUGUUGUAUUCUUGCAUUAUAGCAUUUCCUGAAGUUGAUUAGAACUGCCGUUGCCUCUGGUUGGAGUGAUUCAGAUCCACCCAUUCACUGCUCUUUUAACCUCACUGAAUGGGCGGACAGGGCAGAUAAAAGGUAAGCACUCCAUGCAAGAACAGGAGGCACCCAACUUGAAUCCUGAGCUACGUAUGGGUUUAGUGAGAACUAAAUGCAGCUGUUUUCAAUGGGGCAUAUUUCCUGGGAACUUGCAGUUUUCAUAGGCCAACUAUGCAGCCACCCAGGGCGCAGACUUCAGAGGGGCACAGUACUGACUUUUGAGCGACACAGUUUUAUACAGAUUCGUUUUGUUGUUUGAAACGAUAUAACAUUUAUAUUUUGAAUAAUUUUAUCUUUUUUGAAGUAAUGCAUUAGAACUAUUUAAAAAUGUAUACAGUAUGUGAAUUGUGAAUCGCAAUUCACAAAGCUGUUCCAAACGAUCUGUAUGCUGAAACGUUCCUCUGUUGUGUUUGUGAAAGAUAAUCAAGAGUUUGUUGCGUUACUCUUGCAAUCUAAAAUAAAUCCAGCAGUUUCAAGUUUGGUGCUUUUCAUUUUUUUUCUACAAGACACCUGUUUUUGAAAAUUGAAGUUGGCAAUUUUGGGGGGAAUGGUAGUGAGGGACGUAGGUAGCCUUGAUUAGGGCGCAAAAUAGUCUGGCAGCCGUAUUACUUAUGAAUACAGGCACUCCAGAAGAUGAGCUUGGUAUUCCUGCAUGAGACUCUUAACCUCAUGGAGCCUUAUUCUUAUACGGGCAGGAGAGAGUUAAAGAGCAAGUCGGCGACAUCCCCGCCCCCUUGCCAACGCACAUGUACGUGCAGAAGGGAGGGGCGGGGAAAAAAAAGGAACGUCACAUAGCGCAGCUUUCUAUUGGUUGAACGGAAACGACUCACACGCUCAUUCGUCCGCGUUAAACAGGCGACGCCGCGGCUUCUUUAAGAGACCCUACGCUCUCGCGACGCCUUUUUACGCCUUAAGGCGCGAGAGCGAGCGUGCGAUUGGUCUUGGUCCGGGGAGGGGGGCGUGGUCUCUCCGGACGCUUCCAUUGGCCGGCGGGUGCGCGCGGGGGCGGGGUGGAUCGGAGGGCGAGCUGGGCGAGACCAUGUUGUGCGUGCGUACGGGGGGCGCGCCUCCGAAAAGGGUCGUUGGCGGCGCCGGCAGCAGCAGCAGCGCCGGCCGGCCCAGUGAGCGGGAAUGGCGCGCGGGCGCCCGUGGGCGGGUGAGUGGGAGAGCGGGCGGCGGGAAGGGCGCGCGCGGCGGAGAGGAGCCGGGCCCGGCGCCCUCCCCCCCCUCCUUCCCCUCAGCUCCCUUCGCGCCCUCCUUCCCUAGAGGGACCCAUAGACGGACCCAUACAUGUGGCAGGAAUGGGGGGGGGGGGGCGGCGGAAAGGGCUGGAAGGUCUCGAGCGCCUCGUAGGUGGAGGGGCUCAGCUCGCCCCCGCUGCCAUAAUUGGGGGGGGGAACCUUGGGGGGGGGGGCGUCGGGGGCUCCGCGCAGGGUGUGGAAGGAAAAAAAAGGGAGGUGGAAACAUGCCCUCUGAGCAUGUGCCGAGCGCAUGUCUCCUCAGAGCGCGCGCAGCAACGGGGGGGGGGGCAGAGUAUAUGGUUUUAAAGUGUGUCGACUGGAAAGCGUUUGCUUUUAGAAAGAAUUGGGCUGUGGGAGCCGGUUUUUUAGUUUUUCUUCUCAGAAACUGAGCAGAGAGGGCUUAAAAUACGCUUGCGCGCCAGAGAGGAAAGAUUUGUACUGUAGAACUAAACAACAGAAAAGUUAGAGAGUAUCUCUCGAUAAAAUGUUAAAGCGGUGAAAAACUUAAUAAACUGGAAACAGGAAUUAAAGCGUCCACCUGCUCACAGAAAUAAUAUUAAUAAUAAUACCAAUAAUAAUAUACAUAAUAAUAAUACAGUGGUAGCUCGGGUUACGUACGCUUCAGGUUACAGACUCUGCUAACCCAGAAAUAGUGCUUCAGGUUAAGAACUUUGCUUCAGGAUGAGAACAGAAAUCGUGCCACGGCAGCAGCGGGAGGCCCCAUUAGCUAAAGUGGUGCUUCAGGUUAAGAACGGACCUCCGGAAUGAAUUAAGUACUUAACCCGAGGUACCACUGUAAUAAUAAUCACUUAAGGGAUAAUAACAUAAAUGUCACUUAAGCUUCUCAGGCAUGUACCUCAGCUGAGAAGGUCCUCUGGUUGCUGCUCACCUGCACCUGCUGAAGCAAAUUUUAAAUACAUGGGCAUAAGACAUAGAUGUGGGACAAUUUUGAAUGCUCAAAAACCAGUUUUGAAAACGCUGUUCUAAUUGGCAGAAGCUUUUUGGCACCAAUAUUUCUGGGUCAAGUGUAAUGAGGUGUGAUGUCUGUACAUUACCGGAAGCAGCCUAUUGUUAAUUCCCUUUUCUAAUCCCACAGAGUUCCUGCCGGUCUAGAAGGGAUGGCGUAUAUGUGCUAGGGAGCAAGAUUAAACAUUUUGGCAUGAACUGCUGUAAAGCUGAGAGAAUGGUACAGAGAAAUUUUAGAAAUCUUUGCACCAUUGAAACAGGAACGACUAAUUUUGGGCCCACAUUAUAUUUUCCAACAGAAACAUUUCUGUCUACAUAUUCUCCUAAUUGCAGUUCCAGUCACACAUCCGGCCUCCUUCAGUCGCUGUUUUAUACAGGGUUAUCAAGAAGUACAUGUCACGUAGAGAGUUCAGGUGUACAGAAGCACUGAAGACUGACUGAAAAGCCUAUCCAUUUCCACACAGCGACAUCUAUUUUUAUUCAAUUUUUAUUCUUCCCUCUUGGAUUUCAGUCUCAUCACAUCCAGCAUUCUCCCUCUCCCCCUGGCUUUAAUGGCAGCAUUUCCAGUGUGCCAAACCCCCCCCCCCCCCAAUGAUUAUGAGAGCAUACAGUUUUGCUGUAAUUUUAAAAGCAGCCUUUUUGUACUGAAAGUUUAGUGCAGAUUGUUUGAAAUGAAUGUGGAUUUCCCCUCCUCUCUAAAUUUUAGCAUAGAUCUCAUCUAUACAAGCCUUGUUCUUUUAGCAGUUAUUAAUAUUAGAUCCUUCAGUAACUUGUCCGGAAAUUAGAUAGGUUUAGAAAUAAGAGAGCAGUGCUAGGUAGCAUCCCCACGCCCCCCCCCCUUUUGUAUUGUACUCAUUCUUUCUUUUGGAAGAGUUACUUUUGUUCAUGGUUGCUGAACCAUGGGAGAUAGAAUUUUAUCUCUUCCUAAACUUAGGGGACUGGGCUAUGCUGUUGCAGCCAUUUCACCUGUAUGGGAAGAUGGCAUAUCUUGCAUUACCAUCCUGGUGAGUGGUAAAAGUCUGCACAGUUUGAAUCUCUUGAAUGUGUAUGAGAUUAACUGAGAAGAACCUGCCCAAAACUGAGUAUGGUUUUAUUUAAAAGAGGGGGAAUUUUAGUUGAAAGAUGCCACAGAACCAAUUCAUUAUAAAAUGCCCUUGGGAGCCCUACAAAAAAAAGUGGUGCUUGUACAGUGGUAUUCAACUUGAAAAGGUCUAGCAAUUCUCCUUUUCCUGUUUCAAACAACAGACGCUUGUUUCCCAUUCCUGUACCUCUUAGUUGUCCAUUGCAUCUUAUUUUGCCCUCACACAUUAGUAGUUUAAAUGUAAUUAUCUAACCUUAUCAGCUGCCUGUGGUCUGAAGUGUAAGAAAUAAGCAAGGCGGUGCUCUAAGGAGUUUACAAUCUGAAUUUUGCCAUUAGUUGCGGUGGGGAGGGAAGAGACUGAGGCAACAGUGAGUACAAUGUAUGUGGUUUAGUUUACUAUGAGUCAGUAGAGGUUGAAGACUUUGAAAUAGAAAACUCUACUAAUUGGGUGAAUUAGGCUGGCAAAAGAUGGCACAAUCAUAUUUCUGCACAGCAGUUGACUGCCAGCUCUUGUCUGCAAUGUCUACAAAGAUGUUUUGUAGGAAAGCAGUGUAGCCUGUUCUUAGAUCGACAAACUGCGCAAUGUUUCUUCUCCAGGUUCAUUUUGGAAUGACUAAUGUCACCACCUCCCUUGGUCUUUGGACACGUUGCAUAUAAUUCCUGAAACUGCUGUGUUUGCUCAUAGAUGCACAAACGUUUUUUCCUCUGACUGGCUUAGUUUUCAAAUUAAGUGUUAAUAAGAAGUAGCAGUACCCUUCAGUCUGUAGAAUGACAAGUGUAUCUUUGCUUAGUAAUAACACUGAGCUGAAAAUAUCUGUUCAGCUUUGUUCAUUUCAAGCUUAUGGGUGAGCUGUGGGACGGCACAGCUGCCUAGAUCUUUAUUCUUAUUCUUAUUUCAAUGCAGCACCCCUUCAGAGAUUUCUCUCCAGCUUCCUGUGAACAGUGCUUUGUGUCCAGAACUUAGUUGAAAAAUAGAGACAGUCCUGAUAUUCACAAGAUUUGCUCCAAUGUUGAGCAAAAACAUCCUGCCUAACAUGCAAAUUUCAAUCUGAAAACUUAGGGGGAAAACAAUUCUACUGUUCUCUAGAUUAAGUUGUCUUGCUUAUUGUGUGGAAGAGCUCCAUUAAACUAUGAACAGCUUUGUGGGUUGAUGGUGGGGUUUUUUAGUACCCCAAAAGUAAAAUGCUUGUUCAGUAGUUUAAAAGUUCUAUCUCUACAGCUUUUGGAGCCAAAUAAGCUCUCUUGUGUCCUCAAGUCUUUCCUGUUUGCUUUAGUGGCUAAAAGACAUUCCCUUGUGUUGUUUGGGAAAGCCUUAAUGACCUAGGGAUCUUUGACAGUGGGCAGGGUAGUAUUUCCAUAGUUCAGAAACAUCCCACACCUUCUUGGUUGGGCAGAAUGUCCUGGGAAUCUAGGCAGAUAAGAUCAUAGCUUGGAUUGUUCAACAAAGUAAAAUAGUAAUCUUUCACCAGUCUUCCCUAAGUAAAUUGGAUAUCUUGUUUUCCCUCAUUUAGAAUGCUACAUACUUUUCUAUUUGCUCCAUCCCAAAAUGAUGGGGAGAUUAAUUUUCCUCACGCUUUCAUAUCACUGUGAAUUUCUGAAUUCUAAAAAUCAACAGAAGAAUUCAUGUGUCAUUCAGUUCUCCAUAUUGCAUAGCAAGUAGUGUUCUGGCAAGUUGUUACCUGAAAAUCUGAAGAAGUCAACCUUUUAGUAGAUGCUGGAUUUAAAAACUGGCUGUUUCUGCCGAUGCACACAGUGCAAGUACUAGAAAUCAGUAGCAUAUGUUCUGCAGGUAUAGGAGAUCAUGCCUAAGGAUGUGAAAUUCAACUUUCUUAAUAAUUCACAGGUGUACCAGAAGCUGCAAUGGCAACAUUUGGUCAACUGAAGCAAAGAUGGUACUUGUACACUGCCUCUCGAUUUGCUUUGUGAGAGACUUCCUGUAGCCUUUGGAAGAACACAUCAGGAGAGGACUGCUUGUCAUCAUGAAGUUGAAACAACGGGUGGUGCUUCUGGCAAUCCUCCUUGUCAUCUUUAUUUUUGCCAAGGUUUUCCUCAUAGACAACCUGGACACUUCAGCAGCUAACCGUGAGGACCAGCGUGCCUUUCAUCGUAUGAUGGCGAGCCUGCGGGUGGAGCUGGACCCACGACUUGACCACACUCUGCAGUCUCCCUGGGAGAUUGCCGCCCAGUGGGUGGUGCCACGGGAAGUGUACCCAGAGGAGACGCCAGAACUGGGGGCAGUGAUGCAUGCUAUGGCUACAAAAAAGAUAAUCAAAGCAGACGUGGGCUAUAAGGGAACCCAGCUGAAGGCGUUGCUCAUACUGGAAGGUGGGCAGAAAGUGGUCUUCAAACCCAAGAGGUAAAAAGGUCAUACUGGAUGAAAUAUAUUGAGUGUUCCCCUUGCCCAACUCCAUGACUUGCUUUGGGGUUUCCCAAAUGGGGAGUACUGGUUAUCAUUCCCCAAUGGAUGGGUAAGGACAGAUCAGGGAAAUGGAUAGCUGAUUAUUGAACUCAUCACCACAGUGCACGUGUAUGGGAAAAGUGGGAUUUGAGGUGACCAUGCUAGCGUCACCUUCCCUUUUCCAGCCUCUGAUUGGCUAUGCCCAAUAUUGUUCCAGUGUUAUGGAGCUAAAUAAGAAGAAGCUGCAAGGAAGUGCCUAGCCUAUUGCCUGUGAGAAUCGGCUCUUGUCUUCCUGGCCUGGAAUGUGGACCAUACAGCAAGUCCACUGUCAAUCAAUAACAGCUCUAGUUAAAAGCUUCCUUGCAUGUGUGGCCAUGUGAUCAGCUGCAAGGGAACACGUCUCAAGUAAUGUGCCAUCUUGAUUCAGAAACUCAAUAUGCUUGGAUUUUGCUUCUGUAGCUUAAAGGGAAAAUCUAGCAUUAUGACCCAGAUUGUCUGUCUGCUUGCAAUUUUUAGAUAUGCCAGAGACUAUGUGGUAGAAGGAGAGCCGUAUGCUGGGUAUGACAGACACAACGCAGAGGUGGCAGCCUUUCACCUGGACAGGUGAAUUAGAAUUCACUCUUCUUGGAAAUGGAUAAUAAACCUAUAAACACCUUCUUAAACUCUGAAUAGAAAUUUUGUUUUUAACUGAAAAAUUGUGAGGAAAUAAUGGUCUCCUGUUCUGUACCUAAUUUAGUUAUAUUGUCAUAUGAGUGCAACAGGCCGUCAUGGUUUUCUUAUGUAAUUACAUUUCUAAUGUGAGGUUCAAGCUGUUUCUCUGAGUAGGGCCAAAUUGCUGCAAAUGAGGCAGGCCUGUGGAAAGUAAACAUUGCUUCCAGGUGACUCAGGCAUGGAAACUGAAGGUUGAGAUGACUAAUGUAGGUAUAUUCAAGCAAGCAGGUGGUUUUUUUGUGUGUGUUCCUUUAAAGUAGACUGGUAACGUUUGUAGACUUGCUUGUAAAGCUGCACUGAAGCAGUAAAAUUUCAGAGCAUGUUCUGAAGGCACAUGGUGCAGCCAUUUCUCUGAUCAGUGCCUGAAUGGAAUACCAUUUGGGAACCUUAAAUAUUCCAGCUUGACUUCCGUUAUGGAUGAAGGGUGGGAUACAAAUGUACUAAACAAACCUUUGUGGAGGAAAAGUAUUUUUUUCUGAAGAAAGAUCCCUCCCCCCGCUCACAUUUUUUGUCUAGUCCUCACAAAUGUCAAAUGAAUCCAAGCAUUAUUUACUUGAGGACUUUAUUUAAAGCAGUAUUUGGGGGCAGAACACUGUGUACAGCCGCUUCAGGCCUGGUUCCAACAGCUAAACAAUUUGUUUUGAAGCUCAAACCAUUUUUAAAGCCUAAGAGCAAAUCCAUUAUUGUUCUGCUCUAACCCUGCUUUUCGUACUGAGCAUCACCCACCUGUGAAGUGUGGAUGGUGACCCUGCGUAUGCAAUUUUGGAAGUUUCAAUGCAGCUGAGACGUUAUCGUGAAAUUGUCAGUCUCUUUUAUAAGUUUUUAAUUUGUGGAAUUUUCUUCCUUAGAUAUUUGGGAGGCGACUUGAUUAUUCCAUAUUGUCUCACUUCCUUCUUACUUUUCUUCCCCAAACAGAAUCUUAGGUUUCCGACGAGCCCCUCUAGUGGUUGGUAGGUUUGUGAAUCUCCGCACAGAGAUAAAACCUGUUGCCACAGAACAACUGCUAAGUACGUUCUUGACAUUAGGUAGGUGACAAAGUAUAUUUCGUUAAGACCUCUAAAAUAAAAUUGAAAAAAAUCCCAGCAAGGGGCAUGUGGAAGUUAAUUGCUGUUGGGAAAGCAGGCCUAAUGUUCUGCAAGCCCCUUAGGCUCAGUCAGAUACAGUAUUCCUGAUUUCUUGUGCUUAGGAGAUUGUGAGUGUGCAGCGGGUUUGUAGGUUUCCUUCCCCUCAUAUAUACAAAUUCUUCCCCUUCCAGUGUGCAUUGAUAUUAACACUAUGAUAAUGUAUUAAAGUUACCUCUGGUUAUAAAUUCUUGUUUGACAACACUAUGAUUACUAUGAACAUUGGUAGAAUCUAAUACUGCACCUUAGGUAAAGGUAAAGGAACCCCUGACCAUUAGGUCCAGUCAUGGCCGACUCUGGGUUUGCGCGCUUAUAUCGCUUUAUUGGCCGAGGGAGCCAGCGUACAGCUUCUGGGUCAUGUGGCCAGCAUGACUAAGCCGCUUCUGGCGAACCAGAGCAGCGCACGGAAACGCCGUUUACCUUCCCACCGGAGUGGUACCUAUUUAUCUACUUUCACUUUGACGUACUUUCAAACUGCUAGGUUGGCAGGAAUACAUACUGCACCUUAGUUGGUGCUAAAAAGAGAAGGGAGCAAGGAACAUGGCAGCUUACAGCACACUCCUGGUCUCCUAACCACAGGGGAUUGUAAACAGCUUUUUCUGGACUUAAUUCACAGAUGGUUCAGUGUGAAGGAUUCUUAUCUGAGAGAAUAUUCUGUUGAGAAGCAGUUUUUGCCAUUGCACUUCUUUCUCUGUUAAUUGAGUUAGUAGUGUUCAAUGGUAAUGUCAACAGAUGAUUUAGAAGCAUCGAUUCAUUCUAAAAAAAACCCCUCAUUUUAAAAGCAAUGAAACUGCUAUAACAAGUUUCAGGAGGGGUGUCGCACAAUUUGAGAUUCCUAGCUUUGUUUAUGGAAAUAUGUCAGAAAAAUACAUUAAUUUACAUACUUCAAAGAAAGUAUCUGCUUUUUCAUUCAGCUGGGCCUUUAGUUAAUCAUGAGUGGAAAGAUGGCUUGCUGUUUGCCUGAAGCCUUUUUUCAGCACAUUGGGGUGAGGGAGGAGAGAGAAGCAGAGUUUUCUCUUGAGCAAAUGAAAUGUGUUAAUUUUAAAACUUAAAGAUUUUAAGGUAUCUCCUAGAAAGCUUCUGAAACAUCCAUAAACAUUUUAAUACUAUUAUAUCAACUUGACAAGAGAUGGGUUUUUGCUUCUGCUUUCUUCUAAGGAAAUAAUACUUGCUUCUAUGGAAAGUGCUACUAUUGCCGGGAAACAGAGCCAGCCUGUGCUGAAGGGGACACCAUGGAGGGGUCAGUCACGCUAUGGCUGCCAGACGUUUGGCCGCUUCAGAAGCAUCGACACCCAUGGGGCAGAACGUACAGGGAAGGCAAGCUGGCCAGGUAUAGAGCAAAAUACUGUUUUUUUCUUUGCCAUGUCUGUUGGUCAGUCCAGGGAAUGGGCAAUAUUUGUAGAUGGAAAGGAGGGUAUUGGCCAGUUUUCCUGAAACUCUGUUACAGCUAAGGCCCUCAUGAAUGGUAUAUUUUGUAUAUGGAUUAUGUUGUUAUAGCCCCUAAAGUUAUCUGGUGGAGAAAGGAUUCUGAGAAUGUUGUGCAAAGGACAAAGGGUGCUGGAAGUACAGAUGUGAAGUAUUUUAAGAGAUGAUGGAAAGAAACAAUCCAUUUUGUUCUCUUUGUUUUCCUUCCCAAAGAAUAAGUAGAGUUUAAGUUCUUAUAACUUAAAUUAAGUGGGUAGCAGUUGUCUGUGUAUACGUGCAUAGUGUACAAUCUAACGUUUUGAGACCUGUUUCAUUUGCAACAGUUUGGCUCAUUUCUGCAUGUGAAGUAAACUGGGUUUACAAGAGCACAUUUUGUUGUUCCCUACUAGGCAAAGACAAAUCAGCCUUUCCAUGUUUGUACAUUUUCAUACAUAAUUCUGUUCCUUCCCAUAUCAGCAUUAAUCUGUGGUAAUUCUUAAUUUGCAUUUGAACAUGUGUUUCUUAACAUAUCUUCUCUCAAAAUAAUGCAUUUCUAAACCUAUUUUACCAAAAUACAGUUUAAAAUAUGUUGGGAAAUUCAGGAAGUGUGAAAGAUGGUGGUUAUCCAACUUCCACUUUAGCCUGAAAUAUGUAACUCAGGUUAGUGUGCAUCAGAAUUUGCAAAGCUUGAAUUUGUCAAGCAUCCCUAUUCCACAUCCCUUUCCCAGACUCCUCUUUUGACUAUGAUUGGUUUUGUUCAUCUUUAGUGAUUACAUCAGUACUUUAAUUUGGAUUCGUGAGACUCUUGUUUCCAUUAAAAAUAAAUAAACACUUCUACCUGCCCCUCGUGCUUGGGUUAUGGCUGAAAACCAUAUUGACAGCACCUGCUGUUCACUGUAACGUUACAGAUUUCAAGUUCUCCUUUGUGACGUUCUCUCACUUUAAUGUUCUCUCUGUAAUGUAAUGUUCUCUCACUUUCCUUACUGUUUUUCCUCAAAUAUUACUGCACCUUGCAGAAACAACCAAAUAUUGGUAUGCACUAAGCCUUGGGCAAAAUAAGGCAAUUUGUCCUCUUUUUGUGAAUUUGCCUUGAAUUAUUAAAUGAGAACAGAAUUGUCAGAGGGGAAGGUGGAUGAAAUUAAGAGCCUAGGUUAAAAGAGGAGAUAUAGUAAGAACCUGUGAGGAAAAGGCAAGCUGGUAAUUAAAGGCAAUUUUCUCACACGCCAUAGUGGGAGAAUAUUGGCUUGAAAGCUAACUGGACAUUCACCAGGUAGGCACUGAGCCAGUUUGACUAGCUUGGCAGUUAUAUCAGUCUGGACCCUAUUUUUCAGAUUAUGGAAGUUUCUCUUUAACGCCUCUGACAAUGCAUGGUUAUGUUUUAAAUGAAUCAUAAAGCUUUCUCCAUGUCUGCUUGCAGGUGGGAAUAUGAUGAGAGCUACUGUGAUGCUGUAAAGAAGACCUCGCCCUACGACUCAGGCCCGCGGCUCCUCGAUAUCAUAGAUACAGCCAUCUUCGAUUAUUUGAUUGGGAAUGCUGAUCGACACCAUUAUGAAAGCUUUCAGGAUGAUGAAGGGGCCAGUAUGCUAAUUCUACUUGACAAUGCCAAAAGGUGGGAAAUGUGUCAACAUCUGUGAAAUUUCUCCCAAGCUAAAUGACAGCCCUAAGGUUAGGAAAGAUUUGCAUAAAUUACCAUUGUACUGUGGGCUCUCGCUAAUGCAGCUUUGUCCAGCCUAGUUCCCCCCAGAGGUUUGGGGCCACAUCUCUCACUUCCCCUGACCAUUAGCUAUGCUGGCUGAGGCUUUUGGGAGUCCAAAAUGUAUGGCGGGCAACAGGUUGGGCAAGGCUACCCUCAUGCUUUUAAGGUAGGGAACCAAAAGUGAAAUUUUGUAAGCCUGCUAUUGCUAAUGCAUCUGAUUCCCUUUAGGUUUGUGGGUUAAUUGAAAUGUCAGGGACUGCUGAAGUCCUUAACUCUGUGGUGUGGAGUAGGGUAGAAUUUUCCAGCAACUUCAAUGAAUUUGUAUCCAUUUGUUUUUCAGCUUUGGGAACCCUGUCUUGGAUGAGAGAAGCAUUUUAGCACCUCUUUAUCAAUGCUGCAUGUAAGUAAAGGACAAAUAAGUUAUUGAUCUUUUAUACUGUAUGCACCUUGCAAUCCCCGCCCCAAACAUCCUGGGAGUGUGCAAGUCUGACAAACCAGUGCUGCCUCAGUACAUUAAGAGAAUGGUUAGGAUAAUGAAGAAAAAUGCACGUGCUUUGCAGACUCUUAAUACAGUGUCUUGAUGAUCUGCAACUUUUGUUUGAGACUGAGAUGCUGGCUGCACAUUAAACUUGUCACAUCAAAAGAAGCUAUUCCUCUGAACCCCUAGGAUCAACGAGCUGCUAACGGAGAGAUAAGACAGGAUGGAGCAGUUCUAUGAUCUCCCUCCAGCUUUUUCUUCCUGUCACUGAGGGAGUCUUCAGAAUUGUUUGCAGUCAGAGCCUGGCUUACAUGAAGCUGCUUUUCAUGUGACAAGAGUCACAUGUUGUCAAGCUCUGUGAUUCCAUCUGAGCCAUCCACAUUACAUGUAACUUAAGCUUUUGAUGAGAGAAGUGAAGAAGUAACUGCAGGGAGGAAAGAGAGGCAAGAAGUGCAGUAAUUAGUAGGCUGAGUGGGCUCAAAGCUUAGGAACUUUAAACAGGCGUGUCUGAGGUUUUUUGGCCGUGGGGGAAAUCAAUUUCUGAGAAGUGCUUUAGUAUGCAGUAUGCAGUAUCAUUGUUUUAUUUGUAUUCUGCCUUUCCAGAGUUAAAACUAUAGACUGCUCACAACAUAAAAAGAUUUACAUAAUUAGAAGCCAAAGUAGUAGUAAUAAGCAAUAAAACGCACCCAAAAAGUACACAACCAAAUUGAACAAUUUUCACAUAAAUAUUAAGGUGUAAAAAGAUACAGAAAAAUUGUAUUCACAGUAGCAACAAAGCCCUCUAAACAAUACCCUAACCCAAGAGUGCACACGAUUCCUAGCUUGCUUUUAUUUUUAUUUUUAUUUUUUUGCAUAACCUCCAGUCUGAGCCGCAGCAGGAGAGGCUUGCAGUACAGUUUUAACUUACCACCUCCUUCAUGCCCUACACCACUCCUUACUAAAUGUCCACAUUAUGCAAUUAUGAAAUUCAGAAUAAAGCUUUCAAAUUGAACAACUUUAUAUAAAAUAAAUAUUUAUGUAGAUUAUUUGCACAACUCAUUUUCUGCAUAGGUCUGCUGUAUUUAUUGCAUUGGUAUUUUGCCUUUUCUCCAAGGAGGAUUUUAUCUUCUUGUUCCUAUGAGGUUAGGCGGGAAAAUAGUGACUGGCCCAAGAUCAUCCAGUAAGCUUCAUGGCUGAACCCAAAUUUUCCCAUUCCUACCGCCCUCCCACACACACUACACACUACUUUGUUCGGAGUGUUUUGUGCAAAAUAUGAGCAGCUGUGCUUAUAGUUCUGUGUUAUCAUCUUGUGAUAUGCGCGUGUGGACAGGCCCAAGUAGACUGUGUCCCUCAUCCUGAAGUCUGCAAUCAAAACUUAGGUUUGCCAUACAUUCUCUCAUUUCUUUUGCAGUAUUCGAGUCUCCACAUGGAACAGACUGAACUACCUGAAGAAUGGGGUGCUGAAGUCUGCCUUAAAAACUGCCAUGUCUCAUGAUCCUAUCUCACCAGUUCUGUCUUCCCCUCAUAUGGAUGCCCUGGAUCAGCGACUCCUGAAUAUCUUGGCUACAGUAAAGCAAUGUACAGACCAGUUUGGACCAGACAUUGUACUGGUAGAAGAUAGGAUGACACUUUCCCAUUUGUAGCUUCAACAGGUGUUGGAUCAGAUUCUCUCUCUCUCUAUUUUUAAGGAAACAAUACAAAAACAGCACAAUUGGUUUUGCAUGGCUGUGGGCAGGAUGGGCUGGAACUGAAAUGCCAGACUUCCUGAAUUGAAGGAGAAAGCAGCGGCAUGAUGGUUUUGCUGAAGACAAGGAACUUGCCUUCAGGUAGCCCCACAUCAUGUUUUGGAUGUCCAUUGCUGGCAGUGGAUGUUACACUGAAAGCACUCCUAGAUUUCUUAAAUAAGAAAUUGGAAGUAGGCAUUAAGACAGACUGAUUCCAGAGAAGAGCCACAGUCCCCUCAUCUAAUCCAAAUAUGGUUUCAAGAUUAUAGCCCAAUUCAUAGUUGUAAAGAAUGGGCUGCCUGUGCUUCCUUGCUGGCUACCUAAAAAGAGAGCAUGGAGACAAGAUCAGUUGUUGAAGGGAUCCCUUAUUGCUUCUCCUGACCCUCAUGCAUCUCACGCAUUUUUGGCUGGAAUUUUCUCAAGAGCUCCGUGAAGGAUCGUGUUAUUGUUAGCAGCAUUAAGCAAAAUCCUUUAAUUCCAAAAUGCUAAGAAGAGAGACUAUUUUAGAUUGCUAAUUUAAAUCUAUACUCCAUCCGCAAGGCUGAAAGGAUUCGGGACUGCAUGAUGCUGCAAAGACUCAACCAGCCAUGAAGAUCAAAGAUUAUUGUGCAAACCAUUGUUUUGUUACCACACAAGGAUUCUUGCCAGUAUUCUACUGAUACGGAAUAAGCCUUGUGGUUUUUUUAAAGGAGCAGAUACAAUUGAACCAAAUAAUUAUUCUAAAAAGUAGGAAUGAUUGAGAUUCAUUGUGUUCUCUCUGUAUUGACACCCCUUCAUGAGACGAGACCAAUGGGGUUUGUGGCUAAAGUUUGCAGUUAAUUUAAAAGAUGGAUACCACCAGAGACUGAGCAAUGGAAUAUUUUCUGACUGGUGUGUCACUGCUUUUGUAAGUAGUUGCAGGUUCUGUGCCAGACAGUAUACUUAACAGUAUCCUGUCAUUUUUCAGGGCUGAGUUGAACUUAAAAGCAUUUCCAGUAGGCCUUUUCCAAGUGGCAGAAAGCUGCUUCUUCUGAACGAUCUACUGGCUUUUUGACCAUUAGCCUGGAAUUGUACAGUGCUUCAGGAAACUUUAGGUGACUUUUUGAAUGAUAAGCCCAAUUUUUCUGGAAAUGAUACCCAUCCACCAUAUCGGAGAGUAAUUUGUAGAAGUUUAUCUCAUGUGUCAGCUCUGACAUGUAGCAUUCUUAUGCAUUAUUCAGCAGACUUUAUAAGAGACUUUAUCAGAUUAAAGUUCCUGGAUUGGAUGCCUUGGAAGCCAUGUGAAACUAAUUUAAAGGCAAGGUCUGACUUUUUCAGUUAGCCUUAGUUUUUUUUUGGCAAAAGCUUCAACUUCCUGCUUCCAGAGUAACAAAUGGCAGGGGGAUGCAUUUUUUUCUUCAAAAGUAUUUUAAAUCUUUUGUUCUUAGUCCAUGUCAGUAACUGUCUGAAGGCAGUUGCCUAAACUGCAACCUGGCCUAAAAAGCAGUGGCAAUCCCUAUCUGUUGCAAGCUAUCUACUUCAACAAAGAGAACAUUGGCAAAUACAAUGGUUUCUGUCAAGCUGGCUCAGCUAAUCAUUUUGAGUUUCUCCAGGUGAUGUCGAUUUCUACCGUGAGGGUCACUGGCUACAAAAAUCUUUUUGAAACAUGGCAUGAAGGUGUGAUCAGGUCAGGUACUAAGGUUAAAUUCCCUGGACACUUCCAACAUCAGCUGUUGUAAUUACGUUGUGUGCAGAAAAAAAAUGGAGUAGUACAAUUAGUGAAGGUAACCUCUUGCAACUUGGAUGUCUCCUUAUUUAUCUUUACACAAGCAGCAGCAUACCAGUAUGAAAUUAAACAACUUUUCAAGCUGAUGAAGACUCAUUUCUGUGCAACCAGUAACAGAGACAGAAUUAGCUUUGAAGCACCAAAAUAUUUGAAGGAAGUACUACAGUCCUUUAUCUUUGCCUGAUUUGGCAAGUGGUGUAGAAGAAACCACACAUUUGUAUUUUGGAAUCUGAUGAACUGGAAAUGUCACUUAAGAGAUUAAAAAAAGAAACUAAUUUAUUAAGAAGUUAACUUAUUUAUGUAGCAGCUGGAGCAGAGUGCACACACCUCUUGGACCUGCCAGAAGGUUGCCUUUGGGAGUGGCUGCAAAUGGAAACUAUUGGAAGAAAAGAACUCAAUAUAAUCUUGAUUCUGUUAUGUGUUUUCCCAGGUUCAGACUGCAUAAAUAAGUAUUAUGUGAAUAAAUUUUUUAAUAAAACUCUGGGUUGGGGUUUUUUGCUUCUCACACCAUGCUAGUUUCAAUGGCAACUUACCUAGCUCUUUUUAGAUAGGAGUUGCCAACAUAGGAUAGCGUGCAGUCUUGAUGUGCUCCUUCGGAUGUUGCCUUUUAGUGGUGCAGGAGGUAUGGCAAUGUGACUCCUUCACACACUAGUAUUGAUCCAAUUUCUGCCAGGAGUGGCAGAGGCGCUCUGUAGCUUGAAUUAGAAACUGCAGUGUCUGUGGUCAGGAUCUACCUUAAAGAGCUAAGAGUGUGCCAUGUAGAAAAGACGGUGUGCAACAUCAGCGCCUACAGACCUAGUAAGAACUAGAAGUUUUUACUUCUGCCUUUGUACCGCCAGAGCAUUCCUUAGGCUUCCUGUGCUUUAGGCUUCAAUUACCAUCUAAACUACUGCCUCCAGAGACUCAGAGCUGGUGAUGGAGUUCCAGUGUUAUCAAGUAACACAAGGAGGACUCAAUUCUUCAGUCGCUACCUUGUACCGUUGGAUGGAUUCAUCCGUUCACGAAUUAUGUUCGGAGAACUGUCCAACAGUGGCCUGGCUAGAAACUAAAUGAAAUAUGGCAACCAGAAAAAGGGGCAUAUCUCUUGGCCGUGACUCCCUGUGACCAUGCAAAUGACAGAAUAUAAUUUUGCAGUCUUGCAAAGUCUGCCUUGUGAUGCAUUCCCCAUGCAGACUUUCCCCUGAACUAGGUCUCCAUCUUUAGUUGAUGAUGAGGGUAGAAAGAGUUGCGCUUAUAUUGCAUUUUCUGAAAAUGAGUAGAAUCAAAUGACUGCUAAUGGGGAGACAUGGUAGAUAUAGGAAGCUGUCUCAAAAAGUAAUUAUUGACUUGUCAAUAGGCCAUAUCCUGCUGCAGAGCCAAUGCCUGAUAGUUUUUUAAAAAGGUUAGUUUCAGUAUAGACUUCUUCCUUGUUGGCUUUAACUGAGGUUACUUAAAGGCUUUUAUUUUCUGAGUCUUUAGAGUACUUUAGGCUGUAGUCCUAUAUGCAUUUAACUUGAGAGUAAGUCCAAUUAAACUCAGUGGAACUUACUUUUGAGUAGACAUGUAUGGGAUUGCACUGCCAAUGAAAUUUUGUGUUUAUGUGGGCUGACAGGAUAAUAUGGAGGGUCAUCAUUGCCUGGAGAGAUUUCACAUGCUUCAAACCUUAUGAGCUUAUCUUAUGGCUUAGCAGGUAUAUGGUUCCAGGGGCUUGUAUCCAUAUUUUGCUGAGGUGUCCUCCUGCACUAUGUGCACGAUAUUAACAAAUAAAAACUCAUAUUUGUUGUAAGUUUUACUGUCUCUUGACAAGUGCACAAUAGCCAUGUGUGGAUCUGCCACCACACUUUUAUCAACUCUCCCAUGCACACAGAUCCCCCCUAUUUCCAUGUAUUAGUCUCUCCCCUAUUGUGCAGCCCCCGUUGCACACACACUCCAAGCUGAUCUAUGUUAUCGUAUCUUUAAGAUAGGUAGAAUCUGAAGGGCAAGUAUGUUAGCGAAAAUUAAAUUCAGUUGAUGGAUGUUGUACAUAUAUGGGUGUUUGCUUGUUAAUAAAAUACCUGUUCU